CAUCAGAGCGAGAAGGAGAAAGAAGAGAGACCCCCUGAUCUUCCCCUGCUUAGUGAGCAGCUGAGCCUAGAUGAACUCUGGGACAUGCUGGGCGAGUGUUUGAAGGAGCUCGAAGAAUCCCAUGAUCAACAUGCAGUGCUAGUGCUGCAGCCUGCUGUCGAAGCCUUCUUUCUGGUUCAUGCCACUGAACGGGAGAGUAAGCCACCUGUUCGGGACACGCGGGAAAGCCAGCUGGCUCACAUCAAGGAUGAGCCACCGCCACUCUCCCCUGCUCCUUUGACCCCUGCCACCCCCUCUUCCCUGGACCCCUUCUUCUCCCGAGAGCCCUCAUCUAUGCACAUUUCCUCCAGCCUGCCCCCAGACACACAGAAAUUUCUUCGGUUUGCAGAGACUCACCGCACUGUGCUAAAUCAGAUCCUACGCCAGUCCACCACCCAUCUCGCAGACGGGCCCUUUGCUGUCCUAGUGGACUACAUCCGCGUGCUCGACUUCGAUGUUAAGCGCAAGUAUUUCCGCCAAGAGCUAGAGCGUCUAGAUGAGGGACUCCGGAAAGAAGACAUGGCUGUGCACGUCCGCCGUGACCAUGUGUUUGAAGACUCCUACCGCGAGCUGCAUCGAAAAUCCCCAGAGGAAAUGAAGAAUCGAUUGUACAUAGUGUUUGAAGGAGAAGAAGGCCAGGAUGCUGGGGGCCUCCUCCGAGAGUGGUACAUGAUCAUUUCCCGAGAGAUGUUUAAUCCCAUGUACGCCUUGUUCCGGACCUCACCCGGCGACCGGGUCACCUACACCAUCAAUCCCUCCUCCCACUGCAAUCCCAACCAUCUCAGCUACUUCAAGUUUGUCGGGCGCAUUGUGGCCAAGGCUGUAUAUGACAACCGGCUUCUAGAGUGCUACUUCACCCGAUCUUUCUACAAGCACAUCCUGGGCAAGUCAGUCCGGUACACAGAUAUGGAAAGCGAGGACUACCACUUUUACCAGGGCCUGGUUUACUUGCUGGAAAAUGAUGUUUCCACUCUUGGCUAUGACCUCACUUUCAGCACUGAGGUAACUGGGUGGAAAGAUGCACUGCAAUUGUUUUUGAGCCCGUGAGAUCCCAUGUCUGGGACAUUUCCCCUCCUCCUCACCCAUGGGAGGGCCUCCAUCCCCCACAGCCUGUGGUUGUGACAUUGGUAAACCGAGCUUCCCUGUGAGACCCCCUAAGAGUUUGGGUGGGUAGGGAGUGACCAGGCAUCUAUGUAGCACCUAUUAUGUGCCAGGCUCUGUGCUAAGCUUUUGCAGAUAUGAUCUCAUUU